AUGAAGCGACCUAUGUGCACUAGUAUCCUGAGUGGGAGGUCAUAUGUGAUUGAAGUAUUAGAAGGAAAUCCGCAAGUGUGUUAUGACAUAUUCCGCAUGGACAAGACCAUUUUUAGACACUUGUGUAAUGAGUUGAAGCGGUUGCACCUAUUAGAGGAGGACACUGGUUGGGUUUCAGUUGAGGAGUCCAUUGGGACAGUUCUAUUUAUCGUCGGACACAACGCUGACUACCGGGUAGCUGCCAACCGCUUCCAACAUUCUCUCGAGACCAUUCAAAGGCGGUUUCGGCAUACCUUGCGUGCUAUCCAUGCUUUGGGAUGUAUCAUCAUCCAGCCUGACGUUGAUGCAGCUGAGCUCCCUCAAUCACUUCGAGGGAAUGGGAAAUAUUAUCCAUGGUUUGAGAAAUGUGUGGGGGCUAUCGAUGAGACGCACAUAAGUGCUUCUACCCCAUCUGGUAGGACCACCGCAUUUAGAGAUAGACGGAGUGAUAUCACCCAAAACGUGAUGUGUGUAUGCAACUUUGACAUGCGGUUUACGUAUGUGCAUACGGGAUGGGAAGGGAGUGCAAAUGAUUCACGAGUCAUGCAGGACGCACUUGGACAUGCCGAGUAUGAGUUCCCUUGGCCGCCUAAAGGAUCGUACUACCUCGUUGACUCGGGGUACGCAAUAGGCAGUGCAUUCCUCCCCCACACAAGUCCACACACUACCAUGCCCAAGAGUUUCGGGGCGAGGUUCCCGAUCUUGACUGGAAUGCACUCCUUCUCUAUCUCUAGACAACGGGUGAUUAUGACUGCUUGCUGUGCAUUGCACAACUUUAUUCGCAUGUAUAACCGGCCAGAUGAAAUGUUCCAUGUGUGGGAAGGAUCAUUUGUGCGUAACAGCGACGCAAACCUAGCAGGAGCUGCACGCGUAGGCAGUGGGGGCACUGAAGAAGCUUUUAAUUCUCCGGCACAACGAGCAAUGUCGGAGUAUCGUGAUGUGAUAACUGCUGCUAUGUGGGCAGAUUACAUUGUUCAAUGA